AUCGAAAGAGAGUAGAACACAACUAGUAAAUCCAAUAUUGUUCUCUCUCUCACACCUACAUAUAUACAUAACUCAUCACUUCGAUCACUCUAGCCAACUCCAAAGCAAAACAAAGUUACUGACCUAUAUAUAGUGUAUAUAUAUAUAUAUACAUUCAUCGAAAUGGGCAGCCUCGGCGACUUUGAGUUCCCCCUAAACAACGCUCUGUCAAACAUGGCCGGCGAAGCAAGCACAAAUCCGUUGGACCCCGAGGAGUUCCGGCGCCAAGGGCACAUGGUAAUCGAUUUCAUAGCCGAUUACUACAAAAACAUCGAGAAGCACCCAGUUUUGAGCCAAGUCGAACCGGGAUAUCUCAAAAAGCGGCUCCCCACAUCAGCGCCCUACUAUCCAGAAUCCAUUGAGACGAUUCUAAGCGACGUCCAGGACCACAUCGUUCCGGGCAUUACCCACUGGCAGAGCCCCAACUACUUCGCAUACUUCCCUUCCAGCGGCAGCAUUGCGGGCUUCCUCGGAGAAAUGCUCGCCACCGGCUUCAAUGUCGUUGGAUUCAAUUGGAUGUCGUCUCCGGCUGCCACGGAGCUUGAGAGCAUAGUCAUGGACUGGCUGGGCGAGAUGUUAAGGCUCCCCAAGUCCUUUCUCUUCUCCGGAAACGGAGGCGGUGUCCUACAAGGAACCACCUGCGAGGCCAUCUUGUGUACACUCGUAGCUGCCCGAGACCGAACCCUCAAAAUCAUUGGAAGCGACAAUAUUGGAAAGCUCGUCGUUUAUUGUUCCGACCAAACACAUUGCGCCUUCAAGAAAGCUGCCCAGAUUGCCGGCAUCCACCCCAACAAUUUUCGAGUCAUCCCCACCACGUUAUCGUCUUCGUUUUCCAUGUCCCCUGAGGCCUUAAGAAACACCAUAACUGCCGAUGUUGAGGCCGGACUCGUCCCCACGUUUUUACUCGCAACUGUCGGGACAACAUCCACAACCGCUGUUGACCCACUCGGACCUUUAUGUGACGUGGCAAAGGAUUACGGAAUGUGGGUCCACGUCGACGCCGCUUACGCCGGGAGCAUCUGUAUUUGCCCAGAAUUCCGGCACUUCAUCGACGGAGUCGAAGGAGCCAACUCUUUCAGCUUCAACGCCCAUAAAUGGUUCUUCACCACCUUGGAUUGCUGCUGCCUUUGGGUCAAAGACCCCGCAGCAUUAACGCAAUCACUGUCCACUGAUCCGGAGUAUCUCAAGAACAAGGCCACUGAGUCUAAGCAAGUAGUCGACUAUAAAGACUGGCAGCUCGCUCUCAGCCGACGAUUCCGCUCCCUCAAACUAUGGCUCGUACUCCGAAGCUAUGGAGUCGAGAAACUACGUGGCUUUCUCCGAAAACAUGUCAAGAUGGCAAAGCUUUUCCAAGGAUCUGUACUGGCUGACGACAGGUUUGAGGUUGUCGUUCCCAGGAAUUUUGCCACUGUUUGUUUCAGAAUAUCGCCAUCAGCAAUAACUAGUGCUACUAAAUCUAAAGCCGUGUUGUCCGAGAUAACUAAUAAUUGUCCCCGAAGGAGUAGUAUUAUUAGUACUCCCAAAAAAAUGAUAUCUGUGAAUGAGCUCAACAACAAGCUCAUGGACUCUAUUAACCGCUCCGGUCGAAUCUACAUGACCCAUUCGGUCGUCGGCGGUAUCUUUCUGUUGCGUUUCGCAGUUGGUGCGAGUCUCACAGAGGAAUCUCAUGUUGUUGAGGCUUGGAAGGUGGUCAAGCAACAUGCAGACGCCAUUCUCAGUUCACACCAGCUCCAUCACCAAUAGUCUUUUCAAUUAAUAUCUUCAAUUCAUUUUGAGAGGGUCAACAAUGAUGGUUGCCUUGUUUCUCUGUACUAUUCUUUCCUAUAAAUAUACAUGCUAUUCUUUUAAGUACAAAUUAAUUUAAUUGUCUA